AUGGAAGCGCCGACUUUAUCCGAACUGGAGGGUCUGCGAUACUCGGAACUGCAGAAGCUGGCAAAGACAGCGGGGCUCAAAGCCAACCUGAAGGCUGAUAAACUGCUCAAGGCUUUAAAAGUGCAUUUUUACCCGGAGAGCAAAGAUGAGAGUCCGGAUUAUGAUGGAGGCUCUUCACUUACUGAUACUGAUGAACUUAACAGCAGCCAGGAGAAGGAUGAGCCGGUCUCUGUAUCUUUUGUUACUCACAGACGAGGCAGGGGCCGCAAACCAUUAAAAAACUACGACACCCCAAAAGAUGAAUUUCUCACUGUCAGUGUUGGGACUGGCACUGAGAGUCUGGCUUCCGAGACAGACAACACCCAGGAUCAGAAUUGUUUGGAAUCAAAGAAAAAAAAGGUGAGCCCUCCCACUAUAGACAAUAAGCAUAGGAAAAGGAGCAGAUCAGAAGACACAAGCAAACAGAACAACUCGGAGACAACUGAGAAGCGGCAAAAGAAAGCCAGCGACAUUACUAGUGUACCUUCAGCUGGGAAGAUUCCAAGAUAUGCCGGUCGUCUGUCUAAACCUGAAUCCAAACCUUCCACUCCAAAUUUCAAAAAGUUGCAUGAAGCUCACUUCAAGAAAAUGGAAUCUAUAGACAAGUACAUGGAGAGGAAGCAGAAGCGCCUGGAUACAGUGAGCAGCUCUAUCCAGGAAAUGAAGAUGUUAACAAAAAAAUCCAACCUUCUCAAGUUAGUGGAGAAAACGCCAGUCAGUGAUAUUAAGAAGCCAGUAAAGAGCAGGUUAUCGUUACUGAGCUCUCUGCCUCCGACCACUGGUGCGUCUCCUUCUCGAACACCCACGAACCAGAGGCGAUCUGGACGCUUUAGCGCCGCCAAUAAGAGCAUUCUGUUUGAUAGAUCUGGGUUCAAACCUUCAGUUCUUUCAUCAUCGAAAAUGAACGUUAGGUUUUCUGAGGCUACAAAAGAUAAUGAACAUAAACGCUCUCUGAUCAAGACACCUGCCAGGAAGUCAUCAAGCUUUUUGGCCAUCACUCCAGAGAGUGAACCAAGGCAAAUGUUGCCCAAUGUAAAAAAGACACCUGCCAGGAAAUCAUUAAGCGUUUUGGCCGUCACUCCUGAGAGUGAACCAAAGCAAAUGUUGCCCUCCGUAAAAAAGAAUGAACCAAUGACCACUCCAGAGAAAGCUAAAAAAACAGAUUUAAACACCACAAUUCAACCGUCUACAGUUAUCCUAGAGAGCACCUGUCCGCAAAUUAAAGAAAUAGCUAUCACACCUUUCAAGUUUACGGCUCAAACUACAGAGACCCCAAACACGAACAAAAAGGGUAAAUUUAAUCUGCAGGCGAGUCUCUCCCGUCCGCUUGGAUACCAGCCCCACAAAGGAAAACUUAAACCGUGGGGAGGGAGUGAAGAAAAUAAAUGUGGCUCAAACAACAAUGUAUCUGUUUUGAAGAAUAACUUCAAGCAACCCCACCUCCAGACCAGAGAGGACAGACGUAUGCAGCAUGAACAGGAUCGAAAGGGCAAGAGGGACCAAACGCUGGGAACAAGGAGAGGUGUCCCUGUAAAAUAG